AUGGCAGGAAAAGGUCGAUCGUUUGUAUCUCAGCUGAAUAUUUUCAACAAGCAGAACUAUGUGUUUAGCAAGGAAAGCAGCGUUGAGAAUGGUUCCUCUGAGGAUGUGGAAGACCACUUUGUCACGGAACUGGAUAGGGGCAAGAAGGAAUUGGGACUGUUUUCAUGCAUUUGUCUGAUCUGCAAUAGAAUGCUUGGGACCGGUGUGUUUGCGACGUCGUCUACGAUCUACACGCUGUGCAACUCGACAGGGCUUGCGCUUGUGAUGUGGGCAGUCGGUGCCAUCAUCUCGCUGGCGGGUCUCUUUGUCUACAUGGAGUUCGGCACGGCUAUUCCAAAGAAUGGUGGUGAGAAAAACUACCUGGAGUUUAUCUACAAGAAACCCAAGUUUCUGGUCACGUCGAUGUAUGCGUCGUACAUUUUCUUCCUGGGCUGGGCCGCGGGCAACUCGGUGAAUACGGCCGUGAUGUUUCUGACGGCAGCAAACGCGGAGAUCACUGAGUGGAACCAGCGUGGUAUUGCUGUCGCGGUGGUCGGCUUCGCGUUCUUGAUAAACGGGGUGAACGUGAAGGCCGGUAUCUAUCUGCAGAACCUCUUGGGUGUGUUCAAGAUUGGGAUCGUGCUGUUUAUUUCAGUGACCGGCUGGGUUGCCCUCGGAGGCGGGUUGAAGAAAGAUUAUAAUCUUCACAAUGCAUUUGAGGGUGCUGACCAGGCUACGGCUUACGGAGUUGUCAACGCUUUAUACAAUGUGAUCUGGUCGUUUGUCGGAUAUUCGAACGUCAAUUACGCCCUUGGAGAGGUCAAGAAUCCGGUUAGAACAUUGAAGGUUGCUGGUCCAACCGCUUUGGUCGCUAUUGCUAUCAUCUACAUCUUCGUCAACAUGGCCUAUUACGCUGUUGUUCCAAAGGAGAAGUUGAUCUCGUCCAAGCUCAUCCUGGCUGCAGAUUUCUUCGAUAUCGUGUUCGGUGGCCAAGCAAAGAGGGCGGCGGCAGUUUUUGUUGGUUUAAGUGCCCUGGGCAAUGUGCUUUCAGUCAUUUUCUCGCAGGGUAGAAUCAUUCAACAGCUGGGGCGCGAAGGGAUCUUGCCAUUUCCAAGUUUUUUCGCCUCGUCCAAACCAUUCAAUUCUCCAUUCGUGGGGUUGCUGCAGCAUUUCAUAGUCUGUGUGGUCACGAUCAUCGCUCCGCCACCCGGAGAUGCUUAUAACUUCAUUCUAAACCUGAUCUCAUAUCCAAUGAAUAUCAUCAACUUUUGUGUCAGCACAGGUCUUUUAUACAUCUACUGGAAACGCAGGCGGGGUGAGUUAGAGUGGGAUCCUCCCAUUAAGGCUGGCUAUUUUAUCACUAUCUUCUUUUCCUUGGCCAACCUGUAUCUGAUUGUCGCGCCAUAUGUCCCACCUGUCGGGAACCAAUCCGUUUAUGAACACUUACCAUAUUGGAUUCAUUGUGUUGUUGCUUGGGGUAUCUUCGGGUUCGGUGGUUGCUAUUAUUUAGUCACCAGCCAGAUACUGCCGAGACUUGGUCACUAUCAGCUGAUGACCAGAGAGGUUCUCGGUGAUGAUGGAUUUUGGAGAAAUGAAGUCAUCAAGGUAUACGCGGACGCCAGUCUAUCGGAAGAAAGCGUUUACGAAAAUGAUCAGCCUGUUUAUGGUGAGUCCUCCAAAGGUGAAUCGAAGAAAUACAGCAGUAAUCAAACUUUUGAUGACUGUUGA